CGCCUCUCGUCGCCUGUGUGUUUAUUAUGUGGUUUUUAAGGAGCAGCUGCUAACUAGCAUUGAGCCUCGUCUUCAAACAUGCUCUGAUUCACACAGCUGGCAGGUUUGGAGGACAGAGAUGGCAGUGUGUGCACUGACCAUGCUGGAUGGGAUGGAGGACGAGGUCACGGCUGCAGGCGGUGUGUUGCUCCUGGUCCUGGCCCUCAUCUUUGCUUGGCUCUCAACCCACGUGGCCGACCGGGGAGACCACAUACUGGGCACCAUCCUCACCGUGGGCGCUCACGCCUCUCUGAUCGGACUGGGAGGACAUGACAGCUACAGCGCGGGAUCUCCGAGCGCAGACGCCCCCGAACAGCAGACUCCGCCGCCUUCGCAGGAGAACAAGCCAGAUGACGGCGAGCCGGGGACUGAGAGGGGAGAGGGGGAGGGGAUCGGAGAGGGAGCUGAGGGGGUGAGGACGGAUCUUCUGCUGGACAUACAGAGCAAACAACCACAGGCGGGAAGACUGCACACUUCAGAUGAGGAGGAGGAUGAAGAGGAUGAUGAUGAUGAUGAUGAGGAUGAUGAGGAGGAGGAGGAACUGGAGGAGGAAGAAAAAAAGAUUAUAAAGCAUAUUCCAGUGCUGACCAGCACAAUCUCCCCCAUCACCACCACCACUACUGCCACUUCCAUCUCUGUCCGUCUUAAGUAUUUAAAUGACACGGAGGAGGUGGCCGUUGUAGAACCACAGGAUACAGUCGGAGUACUGAAAAGUAAAUACUUCUCAGGUCGGGAACAACAAAUUAAACUCAUCUACCAAGGCCAGUUGCUGCAGGACCCCAAGAAGACUCUGUUAUCCCUAAACAUCACACACAACAGCGUGAUCCACUGCCACAUCUCCCAGGCCCUGCACGAGGCCACUCCAGAGGAGGGGGCUCAGCCUGGGGCCGGAGCAGGAGUCGGGUCUGGGGUCACUGGAGGAUUCAGGGCUGCCGGUGUGGCUAUCAGCACCAGCAGCCUGGUGGUGCCUGUGUUCGUGGUGAUACUGGCCGUGGUGUGGUACUUCCGCAUCAACUACAGGCAGUUCUUCACCGCUCCUGCGACCAUCUCCCUCGUGGGAGUCACUGUGUUCUUCAGCUUUCUGAUAUUUGGGAUGCACAGCCGCUGAAAAGGCAGGGGAGAGGGCACACGCAUACAAGCUGAAUGUUGUGAGGUAAAACAAAAAUAACCGCAGCAGUGGGUGGCACCUGGAGAGACGGACUAAUCAAAACGGGGUUUGGUGCAGAUACCACAGCAGAUUGGAUCCCUGCAGAGUGUGUUUGUGUGGGUGGCUGGUCUGUUUGUGCAUGUACCAAGAUAAAAAAACAGAUGAGUGAUUGUACAGAAUAUGUGGAGUAAAUAAUAAUCUGCAGUGAGUGAAGUUCAGGUGAAACUGAACCGUACUUUAGCUCCUCUCCAAACAUGACUUAGUGGUUCGCACCAUGUUUAAACACUCUGGCUUUAUCUUGUCCACUCUUUUAUCGUUGCUAAAGAUUCAUGAUGCUUUUCUUGUCCGUCUGUUUUUUUUUAGGCCACUGUUUCUGUGUUUUAAAAAAUUAUAUACAAUUAACUGAUAGAUGCAAGAAUUAAAUCUGUUGGAACCACUCACUGUUGUGCUGUGUGUGCCAGUUUAACUACCAUUAUUUUUGUGUUAUUUGAAUGAGUCAAUCUAUGUGUAAGCAAAUAUGGACUGUGCAGUUGCCUCAGUGCUAGGCUGAAAAUUCCUGAUAUUUUUGUUGCUCAAAAACCGUUGCUAUUUAGAAAUAGGCUAAUUUAAAUAAUCACUAGACAUGAAAAUAGACACUUUUUGAGAAGAUAUUGUAAAUAUAUUGUGUAUUUUCUGUAAAUAAAAUGAUAGAAUGAAUCAGAUGAACCUGCAUCUGGCACUUAAAGAUUUGGAGGGGGACAUUGAACCCUCCUGAUUAUGCUGGACUGCUCUGGCUUCAGUGAUGUCUCAAAUUAAAGCAUUUCAAACCAAA